CCAGAUAACCUCGCCGCAGAGUAUCUGACUGUCGUCGCCCAGAGGCGGAGAACGAUGUCUGUGUUGUUGCUUGUGUUGCUCUCGCUAGUCUCGCGAUCGUGUAGCGCCGGUCCGUCAGUGUCGACCGGGCUCGGGGAGCUGGAGGGUGUCGAGGAUGUUACCGUCGAGGGGAAGAAGAUCUACGCAUUCCUGGGAGUGCCGUACGCGAAGCCGCCGGUCGGCAAGAACAAGUUCGAAGAGCCGAGGCCGGCACAGAGGUGGGUGGGAUCGUGGCCCGCCACCCAGCUCCCUCCGGAGUGUCUCCAACACAUGCUGAACUACGACCUCCCCGACCUCGACCUCAUCGUGGGUGACGAGGACUGCCUCUACCUCAACAUUUACACCCCGACUGUCGUCAACUCCACGCUGCUCCCCGUCCUCGUCUUCUUCCAUGGCGGCGCCUUCAUGUACGGCACGGGCAACAUCUUCACCCCCCACUUCCUCCUAGACAGGACAGACAUCGUCUACGUCUCCGUCAACUACCGGCUGGGCCCUUUCGGCUUCCUGAGCACCGGGGACGAAGUCACGCCGGGAAACAACGGCCUGAAGGACCAAGUCCUCGCUUUGAAGUGGAUUCAAGAGAAUAUAGGAUCCUUCGGAGGGAACAGGUUUGAGGUGACCGUGUCCGGAAUGUCGGCAGGCGGAGCGAGUGUCCACCUACACUACCUGUCACCGCUGUCGACCGGUCUGUUCAAGAGAGGGAUCUCGAUGAGCGGGUCCGCCUUCAACCCUUGGGUCCUCGCCGAAUCACCGGUCGAGAAAGCCAAGCAGCUCGCGGCUUCUCUAGGAUGCCCCACGGACACGUCAAAACCGAUGAUGCAAUGUUUGAAGAGAAGGCCUGGCAGGAAGAUACUCGCGCAGCUCAAGUCCUUGUACUGGCCUUGGCUGACCCAGCCCAUCGCUCCUUUCGGGGUCGUCGUCGAAGCGGGAGGGUUGCACCCGUUCCUGGCCGAACAUCCUUACAAGCUGAUCGCUGAGGGCGCGGUGUCCGACUUGCCUUGGCUCGUUAGCGUCACGGCACACGAAGGUCUCUACCCGGGCGCUUCCUUCGUGGACAGAGAGGAACUUUUGCACGAGCUCAACGUCAACUGGACCAGGAUCGCCCCUCACCUACUGGACUACAACUAUACCGUCCCACCAGAGAGCUUGGACAUCGUCAGUGAGCAGAUCAGACAGUUCUAUCUCCAGGAUCAGGAGAUAUCCCUGGAGACCAGAGAUAAGGUGAUACAGAUGAUCGGAGACAGAAUGUUUGUGGUCGACAUGGAGAAGGCCGCCAGGGCUCAAGCGGCAGUCACCAGAUCCCCCGUGUACUUCUACAAGUUCGCCUACCCCGGGAAGUACAGUAUCUCCUUGUUCCUGACGAGGAAUAACGUGACAGUAGGAGUCAGCCACGCAGACGAUCUUAUCUACCUCUUGAGCCGACCCAUUCCUCACCCCUCUGGAGACAGAGGAGGACAGGGCCGUCUCACUGAAGAUGAUCAACAUCUGGACCAGCUUCAUCACCACCGGUAAACCGUCUCCUGAUGCCGCAACCCAGUGGGAUCCUGUUGAUUCUGAUGUGGAUCCGGAAACGAACUUUGUGUACUUGCUGAUCAACUCUGGACAGGACAUCAAGCAGCAGACGUCUCCUGAUUUAGGCAACAGGGAGUUCUGGGACUCUUUG